AUCGGAGUCUUGUUUGAUACAGUUUGCAAGCUUUACUUGCUUUACUUGGAAAAGUUUAAAGAAAAUUAAAAUGAACACCUUGAAAUUUUUACUGUUUUUAGGAGCCAUGGCAACUGCGAGUAUACUUGAACCUGCUGAUGAAUGUGUUAUAGAAAAAACUUCAUUCCAUUCGCUUCAAAACAUUGCCUCGCAAGUCGUUAAACAACAGGGCGGUAAUUGCAAUGGAAAUGGAACUAUAUCGACUGGAAUAAACCAAAGAAAUGGGCACAGCAAUGAGUUCGCAACAAAAGAAGAUAUCAAGGAAAUUGAACAAAAACUGGUCUUAAUGCAUAGUUUAUUCCAAAACUGUUUAAGAGACACGUGUAACAAGUUUUAUCCAGAAGACUGUCAGGACCUCUUGCUGAAAGGAUACAGGGAAAGUAAGGUGUACACAAUUUUCCCAAAGACAGGACUUGCAUAUCAGGUUUAUUGUGAUCAGGAGACAGACGGAGGUGGAUGGAUGGUUAUACAAAGAAGACAAGAUGGAUCAGAAAAUUUCUUCAGGACCUGGAAUGAGUACAAAAACGGGUUCGGAAGUCUGGGAAAUGAAUUCUGGCUAGGUAACGAUAAAAUCCACACGAUUACAUCAUCGGGAAACUACAAGUUAAGAAUCGAUUUGAAGGAUUUCUCCGGAAAUUCCCGAUAUGCAACCUACAAUACCUUCAGUAUUGGAGAUGAGCGAUCGGGGUAUAUUUUAAACCUUGUAGAUUAUAAUGGAGACGCUGAGGAGAGCAUAAAUCGUAUGCUGACGGCGUGGAAUGGUAUUACUGGACAGGAUAUCACUAUUCCCUGA